AUGGUAGCUUUGGAAAUUGUUCCAAUUUUGGGUAAGAAUAUUAUCCAUGUUGGUUAUAACAUUGAAGAGCAUAUGAUUGACACCAUAAUUGGUACAUGCAAAUCAUCUACCUAUGUUGUCAUCAAUGACUCUAAUUUGACUAAAGUUCCAUAUUUCCAAGAUAUUGUCUCAAAUUUGGAAGCUAGAUUGCCAGAAGGCUCAAGAUUACUGAAUUAUGUGGUCAAACCAGGCGAAAUUAAUAAGACCAGAGAGACCAAAGAAAUGAUCGAAGAUUAUUUAUUAUCCAUGGGCUGUACUAGAGAUACCGUCAUCAUCGCAAUUGGUGGUGGUAUUAUUGGUGAUAUGAUUGGUUUUGUUGCCUCUACUUUUAUGCGAGGCGUCAGAGUCGUACAAAUUCCAACAUCAUUAUUAGCGAUGGUCGAUUCGUCAAUUGGUGGGAAGACUGCCGUUGAUACUCCACUAGGUAAGAACUUUAUUGGUGCCUUUUGGCAGCCAGAAUAUGUCUUAGUCGAUAUCAAGUGGUUGAAAACUCUUCCAAGGAGGGAAUUCAUUAACGGUAUGGCGGAAGUCAUCAAAACAGCAUGUAUUUGGAAUGCCGAUGAAUUUAUAAGACUUGAAGUAAAUGCUGACCCAUUUUUAGAAAUUGUAAACAAUUGUCAAUCAAUUACCCACAAGAAUAAAAUUACUGGAAAUAUUGAAAAAAUUUGUGAUUGUAAGAUUGAAGAUAUUUUAGACCAUGUUUACAGAUUGGUCCUGGAAAGUAUCAAAGUUAAGGCUGAAGUCGUCUCCUCAGAUGAAAGAGAAUCAAGUUUGAGAAAUUUAUUGAAUUUUGGACAUACCGUUGGCCACGCAUAUGAAGCAAUUUUAACACCUCAAGCACUUCACGGUGAAUGUGUUUCAAUUGGUAUAAUUAAAGAAGCUGAGUUGUCUCGUUACUUGGGUAUCUUAUCAACUACCCAAGUUUCCCGUUUGUACAAAAUCUUGGUAGCUUAUGGACUUCCAGUUUCACCAAAUGAACAGUGGUUCAAAGAACUUACUUUACAAAAGAAAACUCCAUUAAAUGUUCUCUUAGAUAAAAUGAGUAUAGAUAAGAAGAAUGAUGGUGCAAAAAAGAAAUGUGUUCUAUUGGAAAGUAUUGGGAAGUGCUAUGGUCAAUCUGCGCAUGUUGUGUCCGAUGAAGAUUUGAGAUUUGUUUUGACUGAUGAAACUUUAGUUUAUCCUUUCAGCAACGUUCCAGAGAACCAAAAUAAAACAGUUAUCCCACCAGGCUCUAAGUCUAUAUCUAAUCGUGCUCUUAUUCUUGCAGCCUUAGGUAAAGGACAAUGUAAAAUUAAAAAUUUAUUACAUUCCGAUGAUACCAAGCACAUGUUAAAUGCUGUUAGCAAACUAAAGGGUGCUGAAAUCACCUGGGAAGAUAAUGGUGAAACUGUGGUUGUUCAAGGUCAAGGCGGUAAAACACUAACAGCUUGCGAAGAAUCAUUAUUUUUGGGUAAUGCGGGUACAGCAGCUAGAUUCCUCACUUCUGUUGCUGCCCUUGUGAACUCCUCCUCAACUAGGGAUCAUGUCAUCUUAACAGGUAAUGCCAGAAUGCAACAGAGACCAAUCGGUCCCUUAGUUGACUCUUUACGUGCUAACGGUUUACAAAUCGACUAUUUGAAGAAUUCUGGCUCUUUACCUAUUAAAGUGCACACAAACUCUAUUUUUAAAGGUGGAAGAAUCGAACUGGCUGCAACUGUCUCCUCACAAUAUGUCUCCUCCAUUUUAAUGUGUGCACCAUAUGCAGAACAACCUGUUACAUUGUCUUUAGUUGGCGGUAAACCAAUUUCUCAAUUAUACGUUGAAAUGACCAUUAAGAUGAUGGAAAAGUUCGGUAUCAAGGUUACAAUGUCUAAAACAGAGCCAUAUACUUAUCUUAUUCCGAAGGGACACUACAUUAAUCCAAGUGAGUAUGUCAUUGAAAGUGAUGCUUCAAGUGCUACAUACUCAUUAGCCUUUGCUGCAAUGACUGGAACCACAGUUACUGUCCCUAACAUUGGCUACGAAUCUUUACAAGGUGAUGCAAGGUUCGCUCGUGAUGUUUUGAAACCAAUGGGCUGUAAAGUCGAGCAAACUGCGACUUCAACCACCGUUACUGGCCCUUCAAAGGGUUCGUUGAAGCCAUUGAAACAUGUCGAUAUGGAGCCUAUGACAGAUGCCUUUUUAACAGCAUGUGUUGUUGCUGCUAUGGCGCACGAUGAUGAUCCGACCUCUGGAAACAUCACCACUAUUGAAGGUAUCGCAAACCAACGUGUUAAAGAAUGUAACCGAAUCGAAGCUAUGGCUUCAGGCUUAGCCAAAUUUGGCAUCAAAACGAAAGAACUACCUGACGGAAUCCAAGUCUAUGGUGCAAAUUCACUCGACGCCUUGAAAGUGCCAAAUGAACCAAUUUCUACUUAUGAUGAUCAUCGUGUUGCCAUGAGUUUCUCCUUACUAGCUGGUAUUCCUAACCUUGAACAGAAGCUCUCUGAGCCAACAAGUACGAGAAUUUUAGAAAGAAGCUGUACAGGUAAGACAUGGCCAGGAUGGUGGGAUGUUUUGCAUACAACUUUAGGUGCCAAAUUGGAUGGUGCUGAACCAAUAACUAACCUACAGACAAAACUAAAUAAAAGUCUUGUUAUCAUUGGUAUGAGAGCUGCUGGUAAAACAACCAUAAGUAAAUGGUGUGCUGCUGCUUUAAAUUACAAACUAGUUGACUUAGACGAACUGUUCGAAAAAAGACACGGUUCAAUCAAGAAAUUUGUAGCAGAAAAAGGUUGGGAGCAGUUCCGUGUUGAAGAAACUAAUAUAUUUAAUGAAGAGAUUGAAAAUCAUGGUGAUAGUGGCUAUGUCCUUUGUUCUGGUGGCGGUCUCGUGGAAAGUGAAGGCUCUAGGAUUGCUUUGAAGAAUUUUAUAGCUGAUGGUGGUUAUGUUCUUCAUUUACAUAGAGAUAUCGAAGAAACCAUUGUUUUCUUACAAGGCGAUCCAACUAGGCCAGCAUACGUUGACGAGGUAAGAAAAGUAUGGGAAAGAAGAGAACAAUUGUACCAAGACUGCUCUAAUUACACCUUCUUCGCUCCACAUUGUACUACAAAAGAAUCUUUUCAAAAGCUUAGAAGGGCAUUUGCUAAGUUCGUUAGCACAAUCACUGGAAAGAGGCCAAUCAGUAUUCCUAACAGGAGGUCAAGUUUCGUAUGCUUAACAUUCCAAGAUUUGAAUGACCAUAUCGAAAACCUAACGCCUAUUACUUACGGGUGUGACGCUGUUGAAGUAAGAGUGGAUCAUCUUGCAAAACUUGAACCAGAUUAUGUCAUCAGACAAUUAUCAACACUUCGUUUAGCUACUGAUGGUUUGCCGAUAAUUUUCACCUUAAGAACAAGGAAGCAAGGUGGACAAUUUGCCGACGAUUCUCACGAAUUAUUAUUAGAUCUGUUCAAACUAGCCCUACGUGCAGGUGUUGAAUUUGUAGAUUUGGAAUUAUCUUUACCUACUGAUAUUCAGUACAAGAUACUAAACAGUAAGGGAAAUACUAAGAUUAUUGGAUCCCAUCAUGAUUUCGAUGGGGUUCACCCAUGGGACGAUUCUGAAUGGGAAAACAGAUACAACCAAGCUCUAUCACUAGACGUUGAUGUUAUUAAAUUUGUUGGUACAGCCAAGUCUUUUGAAGAUAACUUGACUUUGGAAAGAUUUAGACAUUCCCACAAAGCUAAGCCAAUGAUUGCUAUUAAUAUGGGUGAACUUGGUAAGGUUUCACGUGUUUUGAAUACAAUCUUAACACCAAUAACAUCUGAUCUUUUACCCAACACCGCUGCCCCAGGUCAAUUAACGAUAGCUCAAAUCAACCAAGUAUAUGCAAGUAUGGGAGGAAUCACAGCCAAGAACUUCUACGUUGUUGGUAAACCGGUCGGCCACUCCAGGUCACCAAUUUUGCAUAACACAGGUUACAAAGUUUUGGGACUUCCACAUAAAUUUGAUAAAUACGAAACAGACUCUGCAGAAGAAGUUAAGGAGAAGAUCAUCGAUGCCCAAAGGGGUAAACUUGGUGGUUUAGCUGUGACGAUUCCUUUGAAAUUAGACAUCAUGAAGUAUCUAGAUGAAAUUUCAGCUCCUGCCAAGGUUAUCGGAGCCGUCAACACGGUUACGCCUCUUGAAAAUGGUACAUUGAAGGGUGACAAUACUGAUUGGUUAGGUAUCACAAAUGCACUAUUAUCUAAUGGUGUGCCUGAUCAUGUCUCUGGCCAUGCUGGUCUCGUUGUUGGUGCCGGUGGUACUUCUAGAGCUGCUGUCUAUGCCUUACAUCGACUUGGGUGUGAAAAGAUCUAUAUGAUAAACAGAACAACAGCUAAACUUCAUGAAUUGAAAAACUCAUUCCCAGCCGAAUAUAAGAUUGUAGUCAUCGAUACAGUUGAACAAGCUGAACAAGUCAUCGAAAACGUUGGCAUUGCCGUCAGUUGUGUCCCUGGCGACAAGCACUUGGAUGAUGUUUUAUUAGGUAAGUUAGAAAGACUAUUAAUCAAGGGAUCAGGUUCUUCCUUCCCAGCUACUUUAUUGGAAGCUGCUUACAAACCAGCGGUCACCCCAAUUAUGAAGUUAGCCUUCGAUAAGUACAACUGGAACGUCGUUCCUGGUGUUGAAAUGCUUGUCCAUCAAGGUGUCGCACAAUUCCAGCAAUGGACUCAAGCAAAGGUUCCCUUCAAAGCCAUCUUCGAAGCUGUCACAAGAGAUUAG